AGCAGAAUUGGCCAACCGCCAGCGUGCAUCACUGUGUUCAGGCCACAGAGUCUGCAGCUGCAAAUAUGUCCAUAUUGUGUCUACAUGCACAACUACAGCUUUUACUAACUCCGUAGCUGCACUCUCACAGGGGAAACAGCCUUCCAGCAGCCGAUGUUAUUGCUAUUAAGGUGUAGAGGCUCGGAUGUGACAGCUGACAGACUGAGAAGAAUGGCAGAAGAAACCACAGGGUCCGAUUAGGCUGGCUACGUGUCGGAGGUUCACAGAGUGGAAAUAAUGGCGUACAGUAACAGAGAGCUGGUGGAGUUCUUCGUAAGCUACAAACUGUCUCAGAGUAACUACCCAACCUCUCUGCUGAGGCCAGAAGAUGCGGGUGGGAGGACUGAGGGAGACAAGGCCAGCUCAGCUGCCUCAAACGGCUUGCUGGUUGACAGCAGGAACGGAGGUGGCCAGGCGGGGAAGUCUUCGUCCUCAGGUGGUGACAUAGAGGCUGUUAAGGCAGCUCUUAGGGACUCAGCCAAUGAGUUUGAACUGCUCUUCACGCAAGCGUUUAGUGACCUCUCCUCGCAGCUUGACAUCACUCCUGACACAGCCUACCACAGCUUCAAGAACGUGAUGGAUGAGGUGUUCAAGGAUGGAGUCAACUGGGGACGUAUAGUGGGCCUGUUUGCCUUUGGCGGUGUGCUGUGUGUAGAAUGCGUUGAGAAGGAUAUGAGUGAGCUGGUUUGCCGCAUCGUGGACUGGAUGACCAUGUACCUGGAUGAGCACAUCAGUCCGUGGAUCCAGAGCCAAGGAGGAUGGGACUGCUUUGCUGAGGUUUUUGGACAAGACGCUGCCGCUGAAGCGAGGAGAUCUCAGGAGACUCUGAGUAGAUGGCUGCUAGUCGGAGUGGCACUACUAAUGGGAGUUGUCGUCGGUGUCCUCUUCGCUAAGAAACCGUGAAGGUGCUGGGUCUCGUUCACCACGGCCCACCUUGUGUAAUGCCAACAAACAUAAAAACUAAGCAGUUGAUGUUUACAAAAAGCCCAGUCUGCUUGUGCACUGACAGAAUGUGUAUUGGCUAAAGCAGUUUGUGGGAGUAUCCAUAAUAUGUAGCUUGGUGAGCUGUUAUACUUCUCAGCCCGCUUAGUCCUGUGUCCUUUUAUUUUUUUAACACACAGCAGAGAUUUUCAGUUGUUACCCUCCAGACUGGAAGUGCUUUAAAUGAGCCUGAUAAGCUAAGAGACAGUGAAACAGAUUCAGCCGGUUUGAUGAUUAUUUUUAUGUUUUUCUUCUGUGCGCCAUCCAAGGACCAAUUUUUACUACUUACAAACUGACAGAUAAUAUAAGUUAUAUUUCCUUUUCACUGUGUAAUGCUCAGCUCCUUUUGUUGGCUGUACUGGAGUUUUAGGCAUGCUUCAAAAAUAAAUAUAUUUAUGUUUUU